GAGGUUAGUCCAUUAAACGUUCAUAACUGGGACUGUCAAUCACUUCUCUAUUUCUUAUGACCUCUGCUCUAGUGCUACUGAACAGCCUCCACAUUUUUACCUCAUGACUUCAGGGUCUAAAAAUAGUAAAAAUCCCCUUCAGUCCGUUUCUUGAAUGCAUGAAACACAGCGUCCUCAUGGGGUCGCUGUUGUAACCCUCAGAGUUUAGUUUGGUGAGUAAUGUGAGUGGGUUUAAAAAGAGAAGUAAAGAUGGAAGCAAAUAGUUCACAAGUUUCAGAAUCAGAACUGUUUUCCAAGGGCCCUUUGGUGACAUUUAACUUUAAAAAAACAACAGAGGACACUUUGUUUAAGUUAAAUCCACUAAAGAGAAAUUGAAAAUCACUUUUUUUUCCAACAUUUUAUCCACUAGAGUAAUCAGAGAGUACUUUGUUUACAAUUGAUCCACUGAAAAGCAGCAAAAGGGCGCUUGGUUCAUAUCUAACUCACUAUAGGAGCAAACUGAGGGCACUUUGUUUACAUUAUAUAUGUGUAUAAAGCAAUAGGAUGGUAUUUUGUUUAUGUUAAAUUCACAACAGAGAAAUUGGAAGGUGCUUUGUUUACAUUUGACUUACUAAAAAAUGAUUGGAGGAUACUUUGUUUACAUCAAACUCACUAAAAGAGCGACAGAAAGGCACUUUGAUUACAUUUUAUAUACUUAUAAAGCAAUAGUAAGGCACUUUGUUUGGAUCAAAUUUACUACAGAAAAAACUUGGGAGGACACUUUGUUCACAUUAAACUCACUAAUACAGCAAAAGGGGGCACUUUUAACAUUUAACUCACUGAAAGAGCAGCAGGAGGCAACUUUGUUUAAAGUAUUUUCCACCAAAAGAGUGACAGAAAGGCACUUUGUUUACAGUCUUUACAGAUAAAGCUUUUUGUUUACAUGAAUACUCAUCUUUUGUUUGUUAUAUUACUUUAGGACCAUUCAAAACAAAUGGCACUUUGUUGUAUUUUGCAUGUCGGAGGUUGAAUCUGUGGAUUCUUACACUGGCGCUGGACUUUUUCCAGUGAGUCAAGGUUUGAUCGAGGAGUCUUUUCUACCACUUCAGGUGGUUUUCUGGCUGAAAUUUCAUGCCGUCUGGUCCUGUGAACACAUCACAGAAAAUACACAGAUUUUAGAUUUCGAAGAAUGACUCACUAAAAGUUUAAACAACAAACAAAUCUUCUAAAUGUUGUUGAAAACUAAAAAGAUCAUAAUCUAAAUACCAUAACACAAGAUAAUGAUGUAAUCUAUAUCACCCAUUCAAGUGGUUUCUGCUCUGCUUUCCAAACCCCAUAAGAAACUCUCACAAAUCUGUCCUUGCCUGUAGAGUGGCCAUAUAUCCAUGCCUUUGCUGUCCUUCUGACUUGCCGUCGUUGUUGCUCGCUCCACCAGAUCUUUGAGAAAGUGGAAGAGCUUCUCUGACUCGAUGCACUGCUUCCUACAGCAAAACAAACAUUUAUUUACCUCACACAUUUUGUACAUGGAUUCAACCUUUUCCAGGUGUACAAACUCAACCCCUCCUAUGAAAGAAUAACAAGUUGAAAGUAAUAAUGUUAGUUUGGGUAUAAAUGCGCUGUAUAAGAAGAGAUAGGACUCAUCAUUAAGCAUCAAGUAUACUUACAUAUGAGCAACAGAGAGCAUGGCGCUGAGCUUUGACUGAGUUAUCAGACAGGUUUUGGUUAGCAGACACUUCAGGAACAUCUCCAGCGCCCGAGCUGAUCUCUGCAGUUCAGGACUUUAUGGAUCUGUCUUUCAUUUCAUAGUAUCCCUUCAACAAUUGACACCUGUAUAAGGUUAAAAACAACCAACCUGCUCUUGGAUAGACACAUGCAGCUCAUGUUUUUUUUUCUUCUUCAGGUUUUUGAAGGAUACAGAUGAUCACGGGCACUGCCAUCGCAAUCCUCCCCACCUCUGCAUCCUUCUGCAUGAUCUUUUUGAUGCGACCCUGCAGCAAAAACAAAGAUUUGACCACUUUCAGAGGAAUAAAGUUGCAAGGUAAGCUGCUGCAUUCAGGUACUCCUCGUAAAAUUCUGAUUCGAGAUAGCAAAUCGACCGUGACUUUAACUAUACCGGUAGUUUUAGCCGAUGCUCCACCUUAUUUUUAUCAGGUAAAAUGCCAAAAGCAUUAUUAGUUAAUUGAAACUCGAGCAUGUCUGUUUUGUAAUUAAUUUGAAUCGGUCACUGAAUCAUUCGGUGAUCGGUCGCGCACCGAUCAGUUGACAAUCCAGAUUUCAGACGGCCCCUGAAUGUACCAGGCGCUCCUGUCACCCAAUGCUACAUGCUAAUAGCUGUUUGCCGGUUUUACCUUUCCCCUCAAACAUCUCAGGUAAACCAGGAUAAAGUUCGUACUCACGGGAGGAAAUCGCACAUUAUAUCUUCUCUUCGGUCCGGGCAUUUCACUCGCUUUAAUCCGCGCAGUUUGGUCACAUUUUUCAUGUUUUUACCGCUGAACGCCGCCGAGUCCAUUUGUUCCGUUUCAGCAGGAAUUUACCUGAAAACUGACGGAGAAGAAAAAAACACACACCUGAGUCACCCGCGUGACCCCUGCCGUGACGUCACGGCCCCGUAUUUACCUUGACAGGUAGCCUACUAUGAAAAAAAAGUAAUGUGUGCAUUUUGAACGAAAAAAAACCCCAACAUUUAUACCCACUUAUAAAUGAAAGUUUUUUGGAGGGCCACUCUUUUAUGAUAGUUACGGUAAUUAUUAUGAAAUUAGGAAAGGUAACAUAUUUUUAAGGCAAGACUACAUGUCAUUUACCACACGAAUUUACGCAUCAAUGUUGGUAUUUUUCCUUAAAGUAUUUAGUUCACAAAACAAGUUAUAAAUUUUGGAACAUGUAAUAAGGUGUAGGUCUUACAAUGUGCAGAUACAUGGGUCAAACUACAGUGGCCCUGAAGGUCACGUAUACCUAAAUUUAUGACUGCAAAAAAAACAAAAACUCUUUUUAAAUUUUUUAAAAAGAAAACAUUAACAUUUUUCUUGGAAAUUAACAAGCGUGUCACAACACUUUAGACAAAUAAUUACUUGCAUAAAAAGAGAAAUUGACAAAUUUUAAAAUAUAUUUAAAAAUAUAUAUUUCACAGGAAAAAAAUUACAAGCCAUAAAAUAAUGAUAAUGAUAAUUAUAAUAAUAAAAAUAAUUGUAAUAAUAAAACAGACAUGGCCAAGACACAAAAAAUUUAAAAUUGUCUUUUUAAACUUGAAAACUUAUUUUUGUUUUUCUCUUUGUUUUAUUAUUUUUUUUUUUUUUUGCGUAUCCUUAAAUUAAUUAGCAUUUUAUUAUUUACAGUUUAUUUUUUAAUUUUUUCAUCAAGUUUUUUAAAUAUUUUUUUUUUGCAAUCAUAAGAUUUAAUAAAUUAAUAAUAAUAAAAAAAGACUAAAUAAAUAAUAAUAAAAAAAGACAGACAUGCCCAAGACACAAAAUAUUUAAAAUUGUCUCUUCAGACUUGGAACACUUUUUUUUUUUUUUCAUUUUUCUUUAUUUUCUUUUCUAUUAUUUUUUGUAUUCCCUGAAAUUAUUUAGCAUUUUAUUAUUUACAGUUUAUUUAAUUUUUUCUUUUCAUCAAGUUGUUUAUUUAUUUUCUUUUUGCUGUCAUAAAAUGUUUGUGCAGUUGACCUUUAGAGCCAUCGUACUCUAUUUUACAAGUUCUGUUAAACUUUCCAAAUAUGAAAAUAUAUCCAAUCAGUAGAUUGUUGUCUGAGUGAAUGAAGAUCUGAAGAUGAGUAAUUAAUUGAUUAGGCUAAUAUCUCUUUUUUACAUUAAUGUCAUAACCCUUACUCUCAUGAACCUUCACAUUUCUCAUGAUAAUAAACUGCAGCUGCAGAAAACUGUCAGUGUAGCUGAUUCGACAUGAACUGCACAUGCUUAAGUUUGACCUGGUGUGCGAGCAAUUACAACCGAUCGAUUAUCAGUCGUCCAUAACUCUGCCUAAUGAAUGCAAAGGUCAAAGAUAAGCUUCGUCAUCAUUCAUAACACAGGUUAAAUAAUUAAUCUGGGAACAGGCAGGAUCACCACCUAUUCUCCUGUUUUGUGUUUGUUGUUGGUGCGACGCCGACAUGUGGCUCCGUGUGCUGUUUGCUGUCUUUGUAUUUACCGCAUGUCUUAUAGAUGGUGAGCUCUAAAUGAUAAGAAUGGGCAUUUUCCACCCGGUGUGUAUUUACCGUGUUACUCUGAACAUCAUCUGGAGCAAAAUGUCCUCAUAUAUUCUUCUUCUCUGUUGCAGGACAUCCACUCAGUGAAGAAGAGGACGUCUUCAAAGAGGUACUGUCCAUCUUCAUCUAACAUUUACAUUCAGCAUGUGUGGUUACAUCUUUCAUGUCCAUAUUCUGUAAAGUUCUUGUGUGUUUCUUGAAUAUAAUCAAACUUGGAUAAAAGGAAAAUGAGACUGAAACUAAAAGAUGUUUUAGUUGGAAGACCUCAGGCGUCUAUUUUUGACCAAAAGUUCCAGGAAAUUUUUGUGUCAAGGAGCUUAAAUGUUUCCUGUGGCCCAUGAUUGUUCAAGUUUCCUCUGAAGGAGAUUAUGCAAACCAAGACUGUCGUUGGUAGAUAAAGUAAUUUGCACUGCUCUUUAUUUGAGUCUCUGCUGCACCUUUGUAUCACAAACUGUUUUCACAAACCAUGCCGGCUGCUGGUAAAAUAAAUAAAACAUGCAAAGGUUUAUUUAUCUUUAUUAUCUUUAUUUAAUAUGUAAAUUAAGGACUUGUUUUCUUAAUGUAUGUACAUGAGAUCAUCUUCAAGCCCUUCUCUCAAGAGUUCCUGGAUUUGUGGAGGUGCUAGCACCUAAGCAGGGACUUUUUAAAGGUGGAUCAAGUAUCCCAAAACUUCAUUUGGACCACUGUGCCUUAAAAAAGUCAACAAGCACCUUCAGUUUGAAUCUGAAAACCAACCCUGAUUUAAAACGUCACAGUUCCCACUCACGUUUAACAGAUUUAACUGAAACUCUCUGAGCUGCAUUUACUAAAACCCGAGUCUGUGGUUCCCCUGUAGGAUGUCUUUGGGACGGACUUUCUUCAGCACCGUCUGCAUCCUGAGUUCAGCUGCCCCGACAUGACUCCAUCUCCUUCUGUCCCAACAUCAGGUGAACCAACAUGCAGUUAAAAGAGAGUGAUCUGGCUCUCCGCUUCAUCUUUAGUCUGACUGUUUUCUUCUUCUGCUGUAGUUGAAUUUGUUAAAGCUGCAGACGUCAAAGUCAUCGCUGCGCUGGGAGACUCUUUAACCGUGAGUAAAGAGGCGUCAUGUUGAUUUUUUGAGUCAGAUUUUUAUGUCGGAACUGUGAAAAUGAUCUAAAAUAUACACAAAUGUUUAAAUGGGAUCAUUGGUAGACAGUGCUGAGGUUUUAUUAAAAACACAGGAAUGCGAGGAUGCUUGUCUGCUCUAUAUUUCAGACAGCGAUCGGCGCCAACGGUUCCACCAUUUUAUCGAUCCCCUUUGAGUUUCGUCAGGUGUCUUGGAGGUAAAUCUGUGUCUCAGGUUUCAUAUGACAUGAUGAUGUUUAAUCCGUUCAUACUUUAGCUGUGUUUCUUCUCUCCUCUCUGUGUGCAGCAUCGGAGGAUAUGGGACUUACCAGAACGUCAUAACGCUGGCGAGUGAGUUUGUUUACAGAAAACAGAGCCGAGUGAAAAAUGUCAGAGUCAGUGUGUGAAAGAUGAUUGACCAAUCAGAAACAAGUGUUUGACUCCACCAUGUCAUCAUCUCAAACAGUUCAUCACCUUUAGAUGUUAAUUAGUGGGAUAAGUGUGCAGGUCUUCUUUGACUAAUUUGACUUCUCUGGACCACAUGAGUCCUUUGGCUCCUAAAGUGUUUAGUUUUUGUCUCAUCCUCCAGAUAUUUUUAAGCUCUUCAACCCCAAACUGCUCGGUCCUUCACCUGUCAUGACUUUCCACGGCCGUCCAACGACAGUCAACGAGACCGGAUUCAACUUCGCCGUCACUGGACACAACACGCUGUAAGGACACCUGGACACUUGCAUGUAUUUUUUAGUCAAAAUCAAACAACUAGAGUUCAUGUAGGUCUUUAUCUGUCUGUUCCUCCUCAGAAACGUCUCAGAUCAGAUCAGACACAUGAUUGACACAUUCAAGUCCUAUCCGGUGAGUCUCCCUGCUCAUCCUUCAGCGUAUUUUAUUGUGUGUUUGUUUUAUUCCCAAAGUGAGAUAAAUCUUCUGUUUCAGGGUCUGAAUUUUGAAGAGGAUUGGAAGGUGGUGACGAUGCUGAUCGGCAUGAACGACAUCUGUGAUUACUGCAAAAACAAAGUAAGAGCCUCAGGGUUUGGUCUAUUUAAAAGUCAGUUUUAAGUGUUUUCUUAUCGCUCCACUUUCUUCUCAGUCUCCACAUUAAAAUCGAACACUUUGAACUCCCCUUAAUGAGUCUGCUAACUUCAAUAACUCCACAAAUGAAGAUUCAAGGCGCCAAACAACAGAGUAACUGAGUCCGUUCUUCUCACCUUGCUGUUGUGAUGUAGAGCGGUCCACCUCUAUAGACGGUUCUGACCAGUAACGCCCUUCAUGAAUGCAGGAUGUGGUCAGAGUGGAAACCACACAGGGAGAGAGAGAGAGACACUCUGUUCUUGUAAAAGAGAAACUAGAAAACUGUUUUCUGGCGUCAGUCUGGUCCUUGUUAGGAGAGAGAAGUUAUCUAACGACUGAAGGCACAAAAGCUUUCGUUUUAACUUGAUAGUGAUGGAAACAGACGUAUUAAUUUGGAUGUUUGUAUAUGAGAUAUAUUUGACAUAUAAAUGCAAAAUAAAAGAAAUAGAAAUGGGAAGUUUGAGGUGGAUAAAUAAAGUGUACAAAAACAUUAAAAAAAGGGGUUAAAAUCUUUUAUCUUUUACUCUCCACAGACUCUCUUCUCUCCUGACAACUUCAUCCACUACAUGACAGAAGCUCUGGACAUGAUGAUGAAGGAGGUGAACGAAACACUGUCCUCCAGCUAAGCUCACUGUUGCUUUUUGUUAUAUGAGAUGUGUGAGGAGAAUUAGGGUCGUGGUUUAAGGUUUAAAUUUUUUUAAUCAAAUAAACUUUCUGAGAAACAAUCAAAAUUUUAAAAAAAAGUUGGAAAAACAGAAUCUGAUGGUUUGAGAAUCAUUUAAAUCAACAUUUAACAAAGACAGCAAAGAGAAAAUAUCAAAAAAUUGAGAAUCUUACUGUUGGGACCAGGUCAUAUUUACCAUGUUUACCAUGCUGCAAUAGUUCAGGGUCUCCUUUUUCAAUAUCUUUGUUUCAUGGUGCACUAAAUGUUUAAAACUGGUGAGUGGAGUAGUGCUUAAAUACUGAUUUAUAUUACUCAGCAUUAACAGAGCCUUUACAGACAUGUGAGCUCCUUAUGCCACGGACACUUAUACAUCCCUGUAUCAUCAUUUAUGCUGAGCGGUUCCUUUUUGGAGCAGAUUUUCAUGUAUUUAUUUUUUCAUAAAACAUCACAUCUACAAGUUUCAACAUCUGAUUUGUUGUCUUGGCUCUAUUUUUGAUCAAAUGUGGAGUUUAAAUGAUUUGCACACCACCAAAGUCAAGUCAGUGUCCCAAAUGUUUUGGGGGAAUUUUAUUAGCAUUUGCAUUUUGUUUCAAUAUUUUUUAAAACCCCAACAAAUCAAACACAUCAUUUCUAUUUUCAUCUCUCAGGGUUAGUAUGACAGUAAAACUUAAAUUAAAGACUUUUUUUAAGUUACAAAAAUCCAAAGUUUCCAUGGUCUCUUAAAAUUUCUCUGGGUCCUUGUUUCAGCUCUUUUCCUCAUUGAGGCUCUGAGAUAAAUAUUUCAUUGUGAACCGACAGGUUGACCAACUUUACGGAGUUACCAGUAAGAUGUCUAAAAAUAGAAAUCUACAGGGAGGGUUUGACUGUCCCAGAAAGGAACUAUUCAUUCAGGCAGGUUCAUUGAUAGAAACUCAUGGAAAGUUCUCGACACUCAUGAAUACUGUCUGUGAAACGUGUUACCUCAGCUCUGCCUUUAUUAACUUUUCUUUUGUCCGACUCUGUAUCAGUGUCUGAAUGAACUGUUUCUUCGUGCUUCCCUGUUUUACCUACUCUGGGACAGUUUGUUCUCUCCUCCUACUUUCACACGGAAACAAUGAAGUUUAAGACGUUUUUCAGGCAUGUUCAGGGACACUCUUGGCGCUUCAGUGUAAAACUGUGUAAAUAAAUGUUUUUCUUUGGUUGUAGAUCCCCAGGACGAUCGUGAACGUGGUGCAGAUUCUGCAGAUGAAGCCUCUCAGAGAAGUUCAGAAACCAUCUCUGGGCUGUCAGCUUCAAAAGUGACUUUUUCUCCUUUUAUUUACCUUGUAAUCAAAAUUUCAGACAAUUAACCGAAUUAUAUUAAAAAGAUUUGUUAGUUGGAAGAACUUUACAUCAAAACUUUCCAUAUUUUGUCACUACUAUAUCAAGAUUAUUGAAUGUGGGUCUAGUUUCUUGGUUUCUUGACAAAAAUCAGCCACAAAAAUUGGUCAGAAAAUAACGGAAACAUAUUACGAUUUACACAGAAUGUAAAAUGCUCCUAAAUAAUAUCUUAAUGCUGAGUUCAACAGUGAUUAAAUUCACUUUGUUUAAUCUGGGUUUUAUUUUAAAUCAUGUUAAACCUUCAAAGAGUUAGAAUUAUAAUUUCAAAAUAUUCCAAUUAACAGAAUUUGAUCAGUUUCAAUAAUCAAAAGAUGAUUGCCGAUGACUUAUUUCAGUGUGUGUUAUGCUGGAUACAGUUAAUGAGUCAGAAUUUCAUAAUUCAUCAGACCAACUGAUCUGUUAAUCUGUUAAUAUGAUAACCCAAUAAUCCAUUAGUGUGGUAAUCUGAUAAUUAAUCUGCUCACAGGAGGUUCUGCUCCUGCCUCGUCCAACCCGAGGACAACUCCACCGAGCUGCAGGAGCUGGUAGAGAUUAACUUUGAGUUUCAGGUGUGUGUGUUUUCAGCAAAAAGGGUUAAACAAGGUACCAUUAGACUGUCCUCAAAACCUCUGCUUGUCCUCAAAUGCCAUUAACGUCUCACAAAGACGUCUCCACACAAACAUUUUUUCACUGUAACAACAGCAGAACAGGAAGAGGGUUUCUAUUUCUGCGCUGUUUGGCUGCUUAACAAUAAAACUGCAUUCAGGACAGUAUAUUUUUUGGACACCAUGGAAAACGUUUGAAAAAAAUGCUCCUCUGUGUGCUUUUCAGUGUAUCGAUGGUAGACAAAGAGCCUUUAAGUGAUAUGAUUUAGACAAGGUGCCCUUGAGAUGCCUCUUAGUGGAUAAAAUGUUUACAAGGUGCCCUUCAGUUCAUUGAUUGUAAACUAAGAUCCUUCUGGUUACUCAUUUUAUGUAAACAAAGUGCCCUGUAGAUGCUUUUUAGUGUGAAAAAUGUAAACAUAAUGCCCUUGGUUGGCCUUUUAGGGUAUGAAAUGUUAGCCAAGAGCUGCUCAGUUUAUUAAUUGUAAACAAAGUACCCUCUAGGAUGUAAACAAAGUGCCCUUUGGAUGUUGCAUAGUAGACAAAAAUGUAAACAAUGUGAUUUUCUGGUGUUAUGAUAGUGAACUAAGAGCCUUCUUGUUGAUCCUUUAAUAGAUCAACUGUAAACAAAGUGCCCCUGGUUUCUCUUUCACGUGAUAAAACUGUAAAUAGAGCACCAACUGGUUGCUUUUUGUUAAAAAAAUGUAAACAAAUGCCCACUUGUUGCUCUUUUAGUGGUUUAAAUUAAAACAAAGUUUCAACUGGUUGCAUUUUAUAGAACUAAAUGUCAACAAUGUGCCCUUUGAUUUCUCUUUUACUGAAUUAAAUGUAAACAAAGUGCUUUUGAGGGGAUAAAACAUCAUCAAAGUGAUCAUAAGUUUGCUUAUAAGGAAAGGUUUGGUAUAAAUAACAUGUCAACAAGUCUUAUACUGAAAACUUACACUAUCUUUAACUGUUAAAACCACAAAAUACAUAAUGUAAAGUUUCAGCUUCAAGUUUUUCCCCUUUCAAACACAGUUUCGUUUUCUGUCUUCAACAGAGGCGUUUAGAGAAGCUUAUUGACAGUGGCCGUUUCUUCAAAAAGGACUUUUCUGUUGUUCUGCAGCCUUAUUUAGAAAAUGCAGAACCACCAAGACUCCCCGUAAGUCCUCUCUUGAGACUAGCAAAUUGUAGUUCAUGUUAUUUGUGUUUUUAUUUUUGUCUGAUCUUCUCCUUUCACUUUCUGUAACCUCAGGACGGGGAGAUUGACUUGAGCUUCUUCACUGCGGAUUGUUUCCACUUCAGAGUUAAAGGACACGAGGAGCUGGCCAAGGGGCUGUGGAACAACAUGGUGAAGAUUUAAACCAGCAAACUAUUUUAGUUAUGAGAUUACAGUAAUGACUGAAACUGAAACUUAUGGUUAUAUACAGCUAUCAUUCAAAAUGUCACCUCUUUCCUGCAUCAAGUCACUAGUUUGGUAGUAAAAUGUUGAAAGUUGAGCAGGAAUUUAUCAAAUACUCUGUGAAAUGUUAAGCACACCAUCACUGAAUUCUCACAUCUAUUGCAAAGGAGAAAAAAAGACAUAAACUGACCCAAGUUGCUGACCCAAAAUCUUUCCUCAGUUUCAGCCUGUGGGAGAAAAAGACAAAAUCAAGACAUUUUCAGACCCGGUAAAACUCAUCUGCCCUCCUAAGGUACAUCAUUUACAUUUUAUAAAGAUUUGUUUUGUUUGAGUUUUUAAACUCUUAGUAUCAUGUUUAUCUCACUUUUUUGUUUCCUCAGGAGCAUCCGUACAUCUACACCAGACCCAGAGUUCAUUCUUCUGCACCAGCGCUGACACAUUUUCAUGCAUUGAUGCUGAUUUUGCUGCUGUUUGUGUUUAAUAUUCUGUAGAUGAACAGGCAGAGACACUGACACUAUGUGAGGUGAGGGAGUUAUGGCCAUCCAGUGAACUUCAAGCUUCACCGAUACAUUCUUGGCACAUUAGGUUCUCGCUCACCUUGUCAUGUGAUUGUAAUUUGCAAAACCGCCUGUUCACUAUACAUUAUUAUUGAUUGUUAAUGUAAAAAGGAAGUGUUUCCUUUUUCCUGAAGCACAGAAAUAUUUCACUUUUACCAAAUAAUGUUCAAUUAAACCCCAAAUUAUUUCACAAAACA